AUGCAUAAGCCCUCGCUCACCCAUCUGGUGUACAACGCCCUCUUCAGCAAGCCUCGCGGCAAUGACCCGUCCUCCUUCUCCUCGCACAUCACCAGAAACCUCGUCCCCGAAGUGCGAGUAGAGACGUCGACCUUCUAUGGAACGCUCGACUGCAUUGAAGCUCAGUAUCCCGGCCUAGACUACUCGUAUGGCCCUCAUCGCAUGAGACUAGGCCGUUUCCACCACCACAAGAAGCUGUUCAAGGUCUUUGACGAGCUCGGGCUGACCGAGGCCGAGAUCUCGUCUCUCUGUCGCUGGGAGGGCACAAAGUCGGCCAGAGAACGGUACGAGCGAGAUACCGGCAUCAAAGUGCGAGACACUACCGCAGACGAGAUCAAGCCUGCUGCUCCGUCGAUGCCGCCUACGCUCCACGUCCAUGCUGCACCCGUACGAGAGGCGAGCGAAGCCGAAGAAGCAGAGGUGGCAGCGGUUGAAGCGGACGACGAGUGCUGCUCCUCUUCUUCUUCCUGUCGCCCACAGAUCAUUGACGGACCUAUACUGCCCAGCAACGCUGGAUCAGACACCAACGGACCCAUUACCGGUGAGAGCGGGACUGAGGAUAGCAGCAGCGACGAAGACCUGGAGAGCUAUGGAGUGGCCCUGAACGAGCACCUCCUGGAAGCCACUGCAGCCCGGGAGCGUGGGAUCAACGUUGCCCUUGAUGAGAUAUGGGAGCAGUGGCUCAAGGAGGCUAUCGAACGGGGUGGUUAUACCGACAUGCUCGAUGCCAUUCGUGAAGGACGAGCCAUCGACUUUACACAGAGAGGUGUGGCCGUACACCAGCAUCACCAGCAUCACCAGAGCCACCCCCAUCAUCUGCACCAAUACCACCAUCCCCAUCUUGCAGGGCCAGGAUCACCCAGUCCUGCGUUUCGUAGCUACUCUGCCGGCUCACCAGCCAUAAACAGCGACAUUAUUCACUCCAUAGCACCUAUCUCAACCCCUUCUACGACCGUCUCAGCCCAGCCAUCAAGAGACCUCCACCACCACAGCUGA